AUGGUAUCGCCGGCUCGAAGAAGCAACCAUUGGCUCAGUCUCACCAUGCUGAAGCUCAUUCUGGCCCUGUCCUUAAGCAACCUCUUGAUAAGUCCUAUCCAGGCCAGUUUCAUCCGGUUUAAACCGGACACCGAGUACAUCUAUACCUUCCAUUCUUCCACGGAUCUGAAGAAGGUUCGAACACUGCAUGCCGAAUCCAAGAUUGGCUUCAUAUUGGUGAAAAGUUUGAAUAAGAGCAGCGAGCUGCAGGAGAUUUAUCUCCGUGUUCACUCAGCGUCUGUUACCAGCCAGGAAGAACAAGUGCUAUUGAGCGAGGAGCGAGAUUUUAGCGAGUGGUUUUCCUUUGAUAUCAGUGAAAACGGAGCGAUUGGUCAAGUAUACUACCCACGUGAUGAAGACGAUCACGUAAUAGGGGCCAAGAAAGGUCUGGUCAGUCUGCUAGCCAGUAACUUGCAACAUCCUCCACAAGACAAGAUAAAGGAAAGUGGCUGGAGCUACGACUGCAAUGAGACGGGUCACGAGGGUCACCACGAGUCGUCCUACACGGCUCAGAUGGCACCGGGCAAUGAUGGCAUUAUUGUCUUUACCAAGACUAGACGUACUCACCCAAUACCGUACGGGAAAACCAAACACCAAAAGGAAAUCCACUAUCAUCCUGCCAUGAAGCUCCCGUUAAUGGUCAAGAUACUGGAUCACUUUGAUGCCCCAAGAGAAUCGGCACCAGGAUUUCACCACCAGCAUGGAGGACGUGAACAAACAAAAGAUGAUGUUGAGUUUCCUGAGAUGCAGACAAUCUCUGAAGGGCAGCUGACCUUUGUACGGGAGGCAUACUAUGCAUCACCCACUGGGCCACCUGCUGAUGAGGAUAUAGUUACAGACUCAAUACACCUAAAACAGCCUCAGCCUAGACAUGUGAACUUCGAUGUGACGUACUUGAAGGAACAGAUUUCAGGCAACCUGACGUGCAUGAGGAAAGCUCCACGGAAAGAAUCCAAUGAACAAAGCCACUGUUUCCAGGAUCUAGUUCACACCUUGCACUUCGUGCCUGAUGGUCGGAAACUGGCAGAGAUAGUGGUUCCAAUGUACAAGCCACCGUUGUCCAGACGGGUUCGUGACAAGCAGGACAGGCUGAACAUGUUGGAUGCGGUUGCCGCGAUGCACACUGAUACUUCUCAGUCACUCCUCACCGAUGCCAUCCUCUUGUCGCCGAAACCAAACAAGGAGCUGGUAGAGAGACUACUCAUUGCCUCUGCUGGCUUCAUACAUACCAUUUCACAGCAUUACCUUGAGACUGUAGAAGAUAUCGUCUUCCAAUCACGAAAAUUCCACGAAUCUUUAAAGGACCCAGAGAUACAGCGGGUUGCUGUGCUGGUACUCGGUGCCCUCGCUGGUCACCGAUGGAAGGCUGGAUACAGAGCUCAAGCAGAGUCCCUUGUCAUCAAGAUUGAGAACAAACUCGGCGUACAUGAUCCCUGGUCCUAUGAAAAGACCUUGACAUCUCUGACCGAGGAUGAAAGAGAUGAUUUUCACCACGACACGGUGGCUUUGAUUGAAUCCCUGGGCAAUGCUGGGCUCCAUCGCUCCUUCCCUCACAUCCAGAGCUAUACCAACAACAGCGCUACUCAUCCACUGCUGAAAAGGGCUGGCUUGCACUCCAUGAGAGACUACCAUCACAACUUGGCAGCUGGGAUUCUUCUCAAGUCAGCCCUGGAUGAAGAUGAGGACGAGCAUGUCAGAUACGAGGCUUCACUAUUCUACAAGAAUCAUCCAAUGGGAGGUCACCAAAAUGUCUCCAAGUUUGUGUCCCCGGAAGAAUAUUUUGCAGCCAAUUCCUCCCAAGAUGUAGCUUCCACCACAAUAAGCGUGCCCUCCAGGCGUCGCUUGAGACGGGGAUUCUGGGAAGGAUUCUCUUUUACGUUGCCCAGUCCGUCCAUUUACUGGAAGCAGCCCAUUGGCAUCCCAGAGAUCGGAGCAGAGUUUGGUUUGACAAUCAAGAAUGAACUCAAAGUGGAAAUUGCUCCCCUGAGUGGUCAUCUGGGUGUAGAUGCUUUGGACGAGGCUUAUGCAAAAGUAUUCGUUGGACUUGUGGGUUUUUCAAUGGAUAUCGUCCGGGCUCGUUUCUGCUUCAACGGUUACGUUGAUUAUAACCUCAACAUACUACAGGAAUUCGGUGUGGAUUGCAUUAGUGACUUGGUAAAACUGUAUGAUCUCAUCAUCGGGCGAGUAGUUGGGAACAUCAGGAGGGCAGUGGACGUUGUUGUUAAACUCUUCAACAGCGAGAUCAGCAUUGUUCAGCUAUUUGACGACUUUGUUCAUUCACUAGAGAAUAUCCCCGCUACGAUAACAAAUCUGAGAUCGGUGGCCAACAAGGUGAUGUCCAGAUUGUCUCAGAUUGACCCAGAUCAGAUGCCAGCUUCCUUCAGAGGUGUGAUCAGUGUCGUCAACAAGGCUACUCAGCUCUUCAGCGAUAUCAAAACAGAUGUCAUGGAGUUUUACCAGGCCGUCAGCGAUGCAAUCACUGUCACCUUGCCGUGGGCAGCAGAACAGAUCUGGAAGUCUAUCGUUUUUGUUGGGGAAUCCAUUCAAGACCUACUAAAGUCACCGCUGAAUGCUAUUGGAGCCAUCUUUAAAGGAGUCCUCAACAUUAAGAUUGCCGUGACUGAAAUCCUGAAUGCGAAGAAGGAGAUAGAAGCAGCCAACUUCUUCAAGGAAGGUCAGAGGCCCUACUGGUUUGAUCUACCCAAGGUCAUCGAUGGCAUUCUAAGCGAGUUACAAGAACACCUCCGCAACAUCAGAAGAGAUCUUAGCAUCUGGGUUGACGAGAUUGACAGUUCAUCAGAUCCCGUCAAGAAACUAACCGGGGAUGUUGUUGACUCAUAUACAUUAAGGAGACAAGUUCGAGGUGAGAUUGAGUCAGUCUUUCAAGAUCUGAUGGAUCCAAUACAACCUCUUCAGAAUCUCCUAGGCCCAUUUUUUGAGCUGUAUGACCUCGUCUUCAGUGCUGUUGAUGCUGUCAAAGAAGCGUAUCAAACACUGAAGGAAGGGUACCAAAAGUCUCAAGCACUUGUCAUGAAACUCUUUGGGCCCAAGGCUCACGAGAGAUUCCCAAGGAAAUUCCGUGAACCGGGAUCCGGAGCGUGCGCAUCAGGAGGUUUCUACCCAACGGACUCAGCUGGACACUACGAGAAUCAAGGUGUUGAUCUAGAAAUAUCAGCAGGGGCAGUGUUGGUGGCACCAUUUUCAGGCGUCCUUUUCAAGAGUGCUGGUAAGCUCAACCAGGUUACUCUGCUGGCUGGUGGUGGGGCCUUCCGUGAUAUCAAGAUCAUCAUUGACAACGUUGAACCCAAUAGGACCAUCUCCGAAACAGAGGGAAUUGAGGUGAUAGCUGGCACUGUAAUUGGCACAGUCGGUUUUUCUGGAACAUGUGGACCUCCAAACUACAUUCAUUUGUCAAUGAGGAAAUCCAAACCCAACCGCCUGGCGUCCCUUCUAGACGGCGCCCUGGAUAACGAUGUUUCAGCUGCUGACCUAGCUGCCAGUGAGGGAUACGUGAAUCCUAGCAACUACCUUGGGAGGAGACCUUUGAAAACACCCAAGUGGACACAAGUCUGUGACGAUUUCAAAUUCGUGUGGUUGGGAAAUGUAGUGAAGGAAGGUUCCUUGCUUGGACGCAACAAGGAUGGGGAGACGAUAGACACCAGCCCUGAGCGCAGUCCUCCCCCUGACACCACUACCGAUAGACCCGACCCUAGCAAACUACCACCAGUACGAACCUCCUCUCUUGAUAAAACAGUUGAAGGCAACAGACAACAGAUCGAGGAAGUACUGGGCUUUCCUGAGCAAAAACUUGGCAUAGAGUCUCCGUUUAAGAACUUCACUCUAAGGAACUUGAAGAUUGGAUCCAUUCUUGCAUUUGCCCGUAAGCUUGGACUGGAGAAAACGGCAGAUGACUUGCUGACCGUUUUCAAGACGAUUGUUAAACUUGUUGGUGACAAGCCGUGCGUUCUUCCCGAGUCUUUAUCCAAUGAUAUGUUGCGAAUUGAGCUGCAACAGCGUGGUCUAAGCUCACAAGGAGACAGAGAGACCUUACUCAAGCGAUACAGGCAACCUGACGAUCGCUGCCCCCUACUACAAGUCUCCUUGCCAGAGAAUGUGUACUGUAAGAUAGAUCCUAGUUGUCUCGGCGUGGAGUGCUGUAUGAACGUCAAGUUCUUCAUGGUAUCUUUUGCCUUCAAAGCAUUCAUGCGCUUUGACCCUUGCGAGUUCCAGUUUGUACUUGGGGUCAACUCUUGGAAUUACACCCAGCACAUCCUGGAUACCGAGUUUGGCAAAGAAUGGAAUGUUUCAGUGCCCUUUGACAUACCGUUUGUUGAUGACAUGGAGCUGCAUCUCAGAGUCAUCAUCGAGAAGAGCAGGACUCAAUUACUUGUCAGCAUGUCCGUAGCCCUCUGCCCAAAGACUGGAGAUGCGGACUGUUUGCCAUCUAUCCACGUGUUGAAAGAUUCUGCUAUCUCUUUGCCCUUUUGCUAUCUGAAUGGAACCAUCACGUGGCCAGACAUUGACAUUGAGGAGUAUUUUAGCCGUGCUACUAUGAGGAAUCUACUCAAAGACACCGGGGAGGAGUUACUGCAAGCAAGAACAGAGGCAGCAUUGAACUAUGCUCUGGAUGUGCUUGGUAUACCCAAGGAAUUAAUAAGCAGUAAAGAACCCUGCCCAACGCCAACUGGUAUGAGUCAUUCACAGCUCAUUGCUGCUCUGAAGGAGAGGCAACUUGCAAUUACGGGAACUAGGAUUGAGUUGGAAGCCAGACUUUCUCAGCAUGAUAGAAGUUGUCAGUUCUCAACAUUGCCAGUUUUUCCCCCGGAGGUGGCCAAGGUGGCCUACUGCUCCCUGCGUGAGGACUGCCUCCGUCUAGACUGCUGUCUGGAACUCAACAUUGAGGACCUAAAAUUCCGCCGCUCGUUCAAAGUCUUGGUGGAAGUUGACGGCUGUGAUUUCACUUUGUAUGUUGCCUUUCAGCACUUGCAGUACAAGAAGUUGUUGUUAAGUUACGAAUGGGGGCGACUAGAGCAGCAAAACAUCGGUCCAAUCACCCUCAGGUACUCCAUCAACAAGCUAGAAUCGGAGAAGAUGUUUGAGAUUGACUUUGGGGCAUCUAUCUGUCAAGGCGCCGAUGAUUGCAUCUUUGAUGUGGACAUCAUCCAGGACUACAGAGUUCCUAUUCCAUUCUGCAACUCUAACUUCUCAUUCGCCCUUCCGGGCGGGAAUAACUUGAGGGAUUUUGUUAAUGAGGUAGGCCGGAAUGCUGGACAGGAAGCCGUCAACGUUUUUUUGGAGUUCAUUGGGCUUCGAGAUAAGAUAAACGAUGGACAGUGUGACACAGGCGCACUUGUUUCAAAGGACGAGGAAGUUUGCACAGAAGUCAGCCUGCAGUCGCUGCCCAGUGGAGUGACUUGUGAGCUUUCAUAUCGAUGCUUGGGAGUUCGAUGCUGCGCCGAACUCGAUCUAGAAAUCACUGUGUUAUCAGUCAACAUUUGGCUGCUUCUAGAUCCGUGUGAGUUCACGCUGUCCAUAGGAUUUGGAAAGUGGUCUUUGACAUUCACCAUAUUUGACUACCACUGGGGUACGCAAGAAGAGAUCCAGAUAGGCAAGGCUGUGACACUCAUCUACAUCAUAGAUAAGCUGACUGAGGACAAGAUGUUUGUACUGGACCUAGCACUGUCCUUGUGCCUGCCAGAUUCAGAAUGUAUCACGCCCUCUAUCGACAUCCUCAAGAGGACCCGAGUGCCAAUCCCAGUCUGCAACGAGAAUGCAACAUUUACACUUCCUGGCGAUGGAACUGUUUCAGGCUUCUUGCAGAUGGUUGGUCAGAAUGCGGCGGAUUCUGCAGUUGAUGCAAUUCUUCAACACCUGGGGCUACUUGAGUACAUCAGUCGGCUGCCAUGCGUCCGUCCACAAGUAACACAGAACGGUUGGAAAAGAAUUUGCCCCAGAAAUGUCAAACUACCCCACCUUCCAAGGAACCUGAUCUGCACGCUACUGGAGAAGUGUCUAGGGUUCGAUUGCUGUCUGGAGCUUCCCAUUCCCGGGAUCACUCCUAUCAGUACCCAGGUCUCCUUCAUAUUUGAUCCUUGUAACUAUCAGCUGUCGAUGAUUCUGGGCAGCUGGAGUCGGGAUCUGAAUAUCUUCUCCUAUCAUUGGGGUCAGCGGGAGGUGGUCACCAUCGGGAAGUCGGUCACCUUAAGCAUGAUUAUUGACAAGUCUGAUGCUGAUGAAUCCUUCCUGAUCAAUUUGGACAUCUCCAUCUGCAUCGACAGUGACUGUACGACCACACCAGUCCUUCAGGAUUCCUUGGUCCCUAUCCCAUUCUGUAACCUCAAUGCUUCCUUUGAGCUGCCUGGGGACGGCAGCUUUGCAGGUCUUGCCCGGGAUCUUGCCGGGAACGUUGGGGAGUUGGCCAUUCAGGCUGGUGUCCGAAGACUAGGAAUUGAGCAAUAUGUCGGCAAACAACAAUGUAAAAUGGAGACAUCUGCCCCAAUUGAAAACAGAUGUCCACUCUUAAGGCUACCGUCUUCAUCCAGCCUUUUGACCUGUUCAGUGGAUGACCACUGCCUGGGCCUGACAUGCUGUGCCUCCCUUGACCUGGUCUUCGCUCAGCUGUCCACCACCGCUUACGCCCUCCUAGACCCCUGUGAAUUCCAGCUGUCUGUCGGGCUGGGGUCCUGGUCCAAAAAUCUGACGCUCUUUGAAUACGACUGGGGAGUGGAUAAAGUUGUUGGUAUCAGUGACUCUGUUUAUAUAGCGUUUAAUGUUGACAAGCUGACAGAGCAGUUCCUAAUUGACGUGUCAGUAACCCUGUGCAUAGACGGCACCUGUCGACCCAUUCACCUGCUGCAGGCAUCUCAUGUACCCAUACCAAUCUGCAACUCCAGUACCACCUUCUCCCUGCCUGGGGAUGGCACCAUCUCUGGCUACCUGGAUAGCCUUGUGGGUCAAGUAACUGACGCAGCAGUUGACUUGGUACUUGACUUUUUGAGACUGAAGACAUUUUUGUCCAAACAACCCUGCGACCUCCCUCCAGCACUCCCUGACGAUGGCGACAAUUGUCCAGUGCAUAUUCGAGACAACUUUACUUGCCAUAUCGGCAGCAGUUGCACAAGUCUCCACUGCUGUCUAAAUCUAGACUUGAAGGUGACUCAGAUCAGCUCCAAGGCCUGGUUCAUCAUCGACCCCUGUGAUUACACGCUGUCUGUCGGGCUAGAGCGGUGGUUCUUCAACGUCUCGCUGUUUUCUUACGAGUGGGGAAAGGAAGAAAGUUUCAUGAUUGGAAACGCUUUCCGUGUCGGGUUUUCAAUUAGCAAGCUUGACAGCACAGAAGAGUAUGAAGUAGAUCUGGCCUUCUCUCUCCUCAUCGACGGCAUCACUACAGACUUCCCAAUCAUGGCUGACCAGAGAAUCCCAAUACCUCUCUGUACUGCUAGGUUUUCUCUGGCCUUGCCUGGGGAUGGCUCGGUCAGAGGAUUCCGGAUGGAGCUGGGAGACAAUGUGGGACCGGCCGCUGUCCAGCGCGUCUUAAGAGGACUCAACCUACAGGGAGUAAUCAUUGGAAGCACGUGCCAGUUGCCUCCCGAGAAGGAGUCAAAUAACCACUGCCCAAUGAUUUCCCUCCCCUUUCUGGAGAAUAUUGUCCAAUGCUCCAUCGACGAUCGCUGCCUUGGCAUCCAAUGCUGCAUCCACCUUGACUUUGUAAUCACUGAACUCAUGCUGAGCACAAGAAUUCAAGUCGACCCUUGCAACUUCCGGCUGUACGUGGCCUUUGAGAACCGGGAACUGAACAUCACCCUCUUCAGCUACACCUGGGGGAAGGUGGAGACUGUCAACAUUGGAAACGCAGUAAUGUUGAGAUAUUCAGUUGAAAAACUGUCAGCGCAGAAAGUCUUCUCUGUGACCCUGAACCUGAUGUUGUGCAUUGAUGACACCUGCACCAUGACCCCAGUACUAGACCAUGUCUGGGUUCCUAUACCCCUGUGCAACAUCAAUGCCACAUCAUUCACCUUACCCGGUGAUGGCACAGUGGAGGGAUUCAUAAGGGAGCUAGGCGGUCGCAUCGGAAACUCUGCCAUUGACCUGGUGCUGGAGAAAUUUGGCCUGAGUCAAUAUCUACGGAGCCCUUCUUGUGACAUCGGAAUUCCGGGGUCUUUGAGAAGUACUUGCCCAGCUGUUGAUGUCGCCCAUCUCCAAGACUUCCUUUCGUGCACUGUCACUGACUCCUGCCUGGGCAUCAGAUGCUGUCUGGAGAUGGACUUAAAGAUAACGACUCGCAGCGUCAAUGCCUGGGUCAUCCUGGAUCCGUGCAACUUCACCUUGUCUGUGGGCUUUGAGAAGUGGGAACGUAGUGUCACCUUGUUCCACUACCCUCUCGGAGAUGUCAUGGAGGAAGUUGUGAAUAGCGCCAUGAGAGUAAGAUGGCGAGUGGAUAAGAUCACUAUGGACAAGCAGUUUGAGAUAGACUUGUCCCUAGUCCUCUGUGUGGAUGGGGUCUGUGACACGUGGACAGUGUUUGCAGGCAGUCGUCUGCCAAUACCGCUGUGUAACACAGAAGAUACACUCACCCUGCCUGGUGACGGCACUGUAUCAGGCUUCGUGAGUGACCUUGCUGGUAACAUUGGGCGGUUUGCAAUAGAAGCAGCCUUACGCCAUCUAAACCUUACAAGUUUUCUCACGGGAAAGGCAUGCACCGAUCACAGACGGGAUGCCUGUGCGAGGUCUACCGGUCUUCUGGACAACUGUACUCUAAUUGGAGAUUCCUGCACGGAACUGCGAUGCUGCCUGGACCUGGACCUGAAGAUAGCUGAUGUCUCGGCCAUGGCGUGGUUCAAGUUUGAUCCCUGUGACUUCACCUUCUCAUUGGGUCUGGAGAAGUGGUCCUUCCAUGGCUCUGUCUUCAGCUACCAGUGGGGAAAAGAAGUCACAGUAUCUGUUGCUUCAGGAAUGAAUCUGAGAUACUCUAUCAAUAAGCGGAACGACACUAAUAUGCUUGAGCUGAGCCUGACGCUAGAAUACUGCAUUGAUGAACUGUGUACCGACAUUGAUAUACAGCGUGUCAUCCCAAUUCCAGUGUGCAACCCAGACUUCAGCAAUUACAGUCUAUCAGCGGAUGGUUUCAUAAAGAUGGUAUCAGGACAGGUCAUCCAGGGAGCAUCGUUGGCCCUUAUUUCACGCCUCGGAAUUGACCCCAACUUUUUCAACAGUCAACGGUGUAUCAACCCCAAUGGGCCUCAGUCGUAUGACAAUUGUCCUAGCAUGCAGCUUCCCAGUAACCUGACCUCCCUGGCUCACUGUGGCAUCCUCAAUACUUGCUUUGGCAUACAGUGCUGCCUGGAUGUGAACCUUGGACCGCUGCAUCAUUCAUUCAGUGUAUCAAUGGUUAUAGAUCCAUGCCUGGGCCAACUGACCCUGCUUUUUGGCAACUGGCAAUACAUAAAAUCCCUCUCACACCUAGACUUUGACAGUAGUGAAAAGAUCACCAUCGGAAACUUUGUCAUGAUCAGGUACACGCUGGAGCUAACUGAUGGGGAAAUAGCAACCAGUCUGUCCAUAGAUGCAUGCAUUGAUGAUCAUUGCACAGGAAAUAUCAUAGUCUUGGAUGGUGCAGUAUCCCAACUCCCCUUCUGCUACCCUAAUGGAACCAUCUCCUGGAAUAACAUAAUAGGAAUAACUUCAACCUCUCCACUCGGAAGUGCUGAUGCUGGAGUUGAGGCUGUGGCUCAGGCUCUUGGUUUGCCGUCUCGUCUUGUCUCCUCCUCACCAUGCCCUCCUGUGAUCCGUUCGAGGCAAUCUGGAGCCUGUCCACAACUUCCCCUUCUGCCCAGCAUUCCUUCAGGGGGUGUGUGUCACUAUUCAGAUACCUGCCUAGGGGUGGAGUGUUGCCUGGCAGUAGACCUCGGCAUCAUCAGUCGCACUCUGAGGGUCUGGCUGAUUUUAGACCCCUGUGAUUUAAAGCUGAGUGUUGGUUUUGAGAAUUGGAGUUACAAUCUCACACUUAUCAGUUAUAGGUGGGGCAUGGUCACCAGUGAAAGACUUAGUAAUGCGGUCUGGCUCACCUUCACCGUCGACAAGACUGCAGACAACCGUAACUUUCUCCUCUCCCUCUCCCUGCAACUCUGCAUCGCUGGAGUCUGUGCUCCUGACAUUGUCAUCCUUCAGGACUUCACAGCACCAAUACCAUUCUGUCAUCCCAACGGUACUUUGGAGUGGGCUCAAGACCUGGAUGGUGAUAUUGGGGAUUACGCAAGUGGCCUCGUAGUAUACCGUCUCGGUGUCAGCGUUGAUGUUCUCCUGCCUCAACCGUGUAGAGGGCCACCAGAGCAAAUCACACCAUCAACCAUCGGCUGCAGCUCUCUUGCUCUGCCAUCAUCCGUCGGACCGUACUGCUCCCUGGACCAGUCAUGUCUCGGGGUGGGAUGCUGCUUAAACCUUGACCUAGGCAUAUUUCAGAGGUCAUUUUCUGUGUGGAUGAAGCUAGACCCCUGCGCUGGCAUGUUUUCAUUUGGCUUUGAAAAGUGGAGUCACUUGGAGACAAUUAGCAUAAAACUACUUCAAAGUCAUGCCUUUGAGAAAAACAUUGGAGUUCUGAAAAUCAGGUAUGAUGUGGAGCGUCCCCACAAUACUAUCUAUGACGUUGAUCUAGACAUCAGCUUAUGCUGGCAGGGUGUGUGUGAUGAACCCAUUGUCAUUCUCAGAGAUGCAUUGUUCUCAGGAUCACAUUGUGAUGAUCAAGGUGGAGGCAGCAGCACAAGGAGGAAGAGAAGAAGUGUGGGGGACCUUGCUAGUGAAUCUGACAAGGGAAUGGACGCUAUGGAGGAUGUGACAGUUAGUCUUGUAGACAAGGCCAGGGCCUACUUUAAGACCCUUCUUAGUGGAGGCUCCAUCUCAUAUUCAGCAGAGGAUAACGCUAUGACGAAGCUACAGCCGGAGAAAGUGGUCAAACCCAGGGUUGCUGAAUCAGGCACAGCGAGCCGUCGCUCAAUGGGCCUUCUCGUCUUCGGUAAUGAAGAUGGAACUCCAGUUACUAGGAGAAGGAGAAGGGACCUGUCUCUCUCCGUCAAUAUAGGUGAAGAAAGUCUGUUUGGGUUCAGGCUUACGCCAGGCGAUGACUCGGGCACAUGGCAGGGAGAUGUCAUCAUUGGUGGAGGAUUAACACAGAAAGGUCUUGAUGCUUUAGACCGACAUAUCGCCAAUAUGUCCAUCGGUGAGUUAGAAGCAAUGCUGGAUCUUCAGAAUAUCGACCCGUUCACUGUGGGACAGUUGAUGAAGGAACUACGUGCCGUUUUCAGGACCUUUAUUGACGAGUUUAUCGACGUGGUCAUCAAUGGCAAGGCAGGCGACGACUUCAAACAGUUUGACAUUAUCUUAAGUAGGACGAUCCCCUUCCCUAGAAGAUACGCUACGUUCUUUUCUUUGAGCUGGGGAUUUCCAAUUGGUGGAUUCAUCUAUCUGACAUUUGACAUCGAAGCCGGGGGUUUCUUUGACAUGGAGAUACCAGUAGGCGUUGGCAUCGUUUCCAUGAAAGCCACGGGUGGCAUAACACCGAUGGUAGGCGCGUAUGCAAGUGCCGGUAUAUCUGUUGGAUUCAUCUUGCAUGCGGAGCUCGAGCUGAUUGCCGAUGUGCUUCACACUAAGUUCCCUACUGUAGCUGAGAUCACGUUCUCUAAGUUCCCACUGGAUGUUGGAAUAAAGAUGGAUGUGGAAAUGAUCCCCCUGAUAAUCCGUCUACGAGCUUUGGUGACAUUGAAAAUACCUCUUCUGGGAAAAAUUACACUAUUCAAGGGUGACAUAUGGCGCUAUCAGGUUCCAACCAUGCGACAAAACAUAUUCGAUAUUCACACCAAGGAACCUGACAAGUCACCACCUGCGAUUGAAAAAUACUCAACACCAAAUGAAGUUGGGUCCGCUAAGAGAAGCGUGACAGGCAGAGAUAUGUGUGGCGUUGAGCAGGUUCCCGGACUAGACUACACAGAGCCAGCCUUCCAGCUUGAGAUUGCAGCGGCCGAUGACAAGAGCUUGGUGACGUUCUUCUAUCAGGUCGGGACAGCUCCUGGAGGAAGCGAUGUUGUCUCUGAGACAGAGUUUGGAGGACCGUCGGCCAUCAUUUCACAGACACUCCUCGGAGGGCAUCCUCUUUACUUCACUGUGUACGCCAUGAAUAAUGGAGGAGGCACUUCAACGGCUACAUGCAGCCUGCCGACCUUUGACAUCACCCUGCCGACGGGUCGCAUCACGCCAGACUUCACCUCCACCAGUCACCCGCACAUACUCCGCGCCUCGGCCGUGGUGUACGACGAUUCCAUCAUCUUGAUGCAACAAGAAAGCGUUGGAUUCGGCCCCGAAACUUGGGGCGAUCAGAUUGUGCCGUGGAAUACCAUCAAUAUUACGGAGAGGCAGCACCUUGUAUUUUCAAACAAUGACUUUGACUACUUCACCGCUGCCAAGGAAGGCCGCCUCGUCUCUAAGCCAAAGUCAACCAUCACCCAUCGCAACCCCAACUUCUGUGCACGGGACUGCCUGGCGCUCCAAAACUGUCUAAGUAUUAACUACAACUACAAAGAUUUUACAUGUGAACUACUAGAGGAGAUUGAGGGUCACAGGGUUGAAGUUCACAAGUACGGAUCUUUCUCUCAUUAUGAGCGCAUCGGUGUGGGUCACGCUGUAGAGUUCAACCACGAAUCCCUCCUUCUUGUCCACAACAACCUCUACUACUUCAACAUAGAGCUUCUGAACUACGUGGGAUAUGAGAAUAUUAUUUCAUCCAUCGGCAUCUUAGCAGACUUUACUCCACCAGAACCGGGGCUGAUCGUGAAUGGGACCAGGGAUGAGGUGGUGCAUGAAGCUUGUGCGGAGUUCACACCAGAGGAGUGGGAGAGGCGAUGCAUUGAAGACACACCAUUGAAUAACCAUCGGUAUAUUACUGAUGGUCCUGGUUCUAGGACUGUAUUUAACGGCUACGAGGAACUGAUUGAUUUGCUGUAUACCAGAAGCAAUACUUUCAUAGCAGCAAAUUGGGACGGUUUCCAUGACAAUGAGACAGGAAUCCAUGGCUACACCUGGUCCAUUGGUCACGCUGUCUGCGAUGAUGAUGUCAGCAUGCAUGUUGACCCCCACGCUCAUCUGUUUGAUGAGUCAGAGUGGACUCACCAAGGACUUGUCGUCAACGUUCAUCUGCCAGAUGGUGCAUAUUACAUCACUGUGCGUGCUCUCAACAAGGUAGAGUUCGGCGGGCCAAUGGCACUCACUGUGUGUCACAGCAAUCCUCUAAUUAUCGACAAUACUCCACCCAUCAUUUACAGCAUUAGCGACAUCACCUAUGACUCGUCCAUCGGUAGAAUUGGAAUGCGGAUCAACGCAACCGAUCCCGACUCCCAUCUGUCUAAGUAUCAUCUAGCAGCAGGAAGGACACCCAGGGAUAUAUCACUGCGUGAUUGGGAGGCUCACGAUUUGGCUAAACAGCUCUUCAUGGACUUCAGAAUUCCAAGUGGCGUUCCGUGCUGGGUCAAAAUCAGAGCAGUCAACAGAGUUGACCUGCGCACCAUAGACCAUGCUGACGAGCCAAUUCUCGUAGACGAUACUCCACCAAUUGCUGGAGCCUUGUUUGAUGGGCCCUACGCACGUCAGGAUCUGGAAUUUACCAAAGACAGAAAUAAGAUUUGUGCGAACUGGUACAACUGGUCUGACUCUGAGUCUGGGAUCUUCUCCUACCUGUGGGCGGUUGGGACCCAGCCUGGCCUGAGUAACGUGGUAGACUUUAUCAAAUUGUCUGGUCGAGAACACAGCGCCUGCUCUGGUUAUGUGACCAUACAGCACGGGGAGAUGUAUUACUCAACGCUGGUAGCCUUCCAUGGUGGAUAUGAUAAACUUAACGUUUCGAGUUCGUCUAAUGGAGUGAUUGUGGAUCUGACUCCACCAAUACAAGGCGAUGUCUACGAUGGCCUACUGCCAGCACCUAAUGAUCUAGCCUUCUCAUCAAGGCCAGCGACUGUUGGUUCUCACUGGCAAGGAUUCUCUGAUCCUGACUCUGGUAUCGAAGACUACCAGGUUACAGUCUAUUGCAAGCAUACUGAAAGUGGCACAAGUGACUUCGAGGUUAUCCACGGAGCAGAUUCGGUAGGCAGCGAGACAACUUCCAUUGAAUGGCACCACUUCCAUCUCCACCACAAGGACCAGGUCUAUGUCAACCUGCGCACCAUCAACCGGGCUUUCAAUCACAUUGAUACACCGACUAAUGGGUUCUUGGUCGACUUGACUCCUCCAGUGCUGCAAACUCUGGGAGAUGGGCUGGAUGUGGGUCAAGAUGCUGACUUCCAGUCGAAUUUUGAUAGCCUUGCUGUGCACUGGGACUACCUUGAUGAGGAAUCCGGCAUCGAAUCCUUUGAGUUGGCAAUCUACGAGUUGCGACACGGAAAUAAACACAAGAUCUUUCCUCGGGAUCAACACGCAAAUAGCUUCCAAUUGAUUUCUGAUACCACGGCUCGGUCCCACGUUCAAAGUGGUCUGACACUGCGUCCAGGGGCUCUUUACGUGACACGAGUGAAGGCCAGGAACCAUGCUAAACUAGAUGUUUCUCAUGAAACCAGUGGCAUCAAGGUCGAUCCUAGUCCUCCCAUGAUGAGAUUUGUGCGUGGAGGCAAUCUUGAUGGGGGAGUUGAAGAACUCUUCAAAGGAUAUUUGUAUCAGAACAGUCGUACAUCAAUCCAGGCAUCCUGGCUGGCUGCAGAUGGACAGAGCGGUAUCAAGACCUACUGGGUGGCAGUCGGAACGGCUCAAAACUUUGAACUCAUCAAACCAUUCACUCCAAUGGGCCCUAAGAGCAGUGGCGUCCUAUUGGACCUUAAUCUCCAACUUACCGACCCAUCAACAUGCAGUGAUGAGACAUUCACCGUGGGUUGCCAACCAGUCUACUACGUGUGUGUCAAGAGUGAGAAUGGUGCAGGGGCUUUCAGUGACGUCAUCUGCUCCUCACCAAUCAGAGUUGUUGAGGAAGAUCAGACGGGGUACUUAACCGAUGGUCCAAGAAUGCUACAUGAUAUAGAUGCUCAACAGGAGAGGACCACUGUUACGAUCUUCUUUAGCGACUUUGAGAGUCAAGUGCAUGGCAUUUCUCACUAUGAAUGGGCAGUGGGUACUACCCCUGGGGGCGAGGAUAUACAACCCUUGACCUCAGAUGGCAUAGUACCAGGAAGUGAGGCAAACGUUUCAGGAUUGGCAGGUAAUGGCAAGGCCCAGUCGCCUCUGCCUUUACAGCAUGGAGUGACUUACUACAGCACACUACGAGCCAUCACCAAUGCAGACAAUGUCUUAGAAUCCACAUCCAAUGGCUUCACAGUGGACAUCACUCCUCCAGAGAUUAUGAUCGCUGACCUGGGCCUGUACGACGUAAUCACAGAUCUGAGCUUUGACGGUGGAGUGAACUUGUAUCAAUCUAACUCUGACUCCAUUGAUGCUAUGUGGGAUGCAACUGAAGAGGAGAGCGACAUUAUGGCUUCGUACUUUUACAUGGGGCAGUACCCUGGAAGCGCUGAUAUUUUCCCCGUCACUUUAACAAGCAAAUCCUACAUUCCAUCAGCCUUGAUAAGUCCCGCCGAAAUAGGGUUCCCCAAUCUAUUGAGUGUUGAAUCAGUCAACAGUGUCGGGCUAAGCAGGAUUAUUCAUGCCACAAGCGUGACCGUAGAUAACACUCCACCUAGUGUUGGUCAGGUCCAGUGUCCUGCCUUCAUUGAUGCGAACAGCGCCCUCUUGUGUAGAUGGAGCGAUUUCCUUGAUGCUGAGUCUGGAAUUGAUCAUGUCGGUUUUCUCGUCGGGACAGCAAAGGGUCAAGGCGAUGUGUUUCAGUCUGGUGAUUUGCCAGGCUACUUCACUCACUACAGUGUCAGAGAUCUUAAUCUCAUUCACAACCAAGUUUACUAUGUCACUGUGGAGGUUUUCAAUGCUAUCAACCAAAGCACAAUGGCAUUCUCUGGUCCUAUUGAGAUUGAUGAUACACCUCCAUCAUACGGCCUUGUAGUGGAGCUAUCUGGCGUGUUCAGCUACAACUUCAGUGAUCCUAUCGACCUGCCAGAAUGGGACUGCACAAACGAUGAGGAAUGCUUGAGCUUGGAUGGAGAGUGUCUAGAAUCGCUCACCCAGCUGCAGAUCCUGUGGCAGCCGUUCACCGACGAAGACACUAAGAUCACCAAGUAUGAGGUUGCUCUGGGCACGACGCCAGGAGGGUCUCAGAUCAAACCUUUCCAUGAUGUUUCCAAGGACCAGACUUCAGAACUCAUUACCAACAUCGAUCUCAGCAGUGUCCGUAGAGUCUACUCCACAGUUAGAGGCUACAACGAAGCCGGUCUGACCAGCACCGCCGUGUCCAAUGGCAUCUACAUCAGCCGCUUCAGUGCAGGACUUCCACCCCUCAAACCAUUCCAAGUCAAAGAUGGCGUCACCGACAACCAAUCCGCCGACAAAGAUUUCCAGACAUCACUGCGAGAGAUGAGUGCAUCUUGGGAUUUCAGUGGAGAUCCGUGUCCAAUCAAAAAGCAUGAAUGGGCCAUUUACAGAAUUGAUGGCCAGGAGAUUCAGACAUUGACAGAUGUGCAAGAACGGACCUCAGACACCAACACAGAUAUCAAGAUGACAGAUGGUGAGACGUACUACAUAAUCGUGAGAGCUACGAAUGUCAUGGGCCUGGCUGUCACGGUCCGAUCUGAUGGAAUCACAGUCAAGCUGGACCCCUUGAUACCUGGCCAGGUCUAUGAUGGCCUCCUAGUGGGCUUUGAUCUGACUUACCAGAAGGAGACUGACACAAUAUCGGCAAACUGGAAGGGCUUUGGUGAGGGGACACAACCCAAGGAAUCGGUGGAGCAUACAGGAAAUGCUGAAGUAACCAGAGACCACAUCACAGAGCAAACUGUGGAUUACUACGAGGCGGCGGUCGGAACUGACCGCCGUUACCCUAAGACCAGGGACAACGUAGUGCCCUUCACCUACGUCGGUCAGAACACCACCGUCACUUUCACUAACCUCAACCUUUUGGCGCGAGACUCGACAUAUUAUGUGACGGUAAGGGCACAUAGUGCAAGCUUUGCAACAGCAGAGGUGACAUCCACAGGGAUCAAUGUUGGUAUGGACAGCACAGUACAUGGAUCCGAGGUCAAAGUGCCAAAGUUCUUGAACUCUGUGUCCGAGGUGCAACUCAUGUGGGAUAAAUUUCAAUCGACUCUGCCCAUCCUACUGUAUUACGUUGGUGUGGGUGAAUCUUCACCUUCCUCCGUCCAACUUGAAAAUAUCGAUUGCCGGGAUAUCUUGUUGGGUACGAGGCAGGCUCUGGCGACUUUCAGCGAGAGAGAAAUGAGUUUUGUUGGCAAGGACACGUAUGCGGUUGUCAAGGGACUGAAUCUGACGCAUGAGGGAUCCUACUUUGUCACUGUUGUCGGAAUGAACGAAGGAGGACAGUGUAACUCCUCUACAAGUCACUUCUCUGUUGAUAUCACCCCGCCCAUUAAGGGUAGGCUACGUGUCGGACCAUUCUAUUACAUGCCUGUUGCGUACACCGACAGCGCCGAGUCAGUCUCUAUGGUGUGGGAGGAUUACAGGGAUGAUGAGAGUGGAAUCAAGUCAUUCAACUUACGCAUCAUGCAAGCUGCAUCGUGUCAUGUCCGAGAUGACAACAAUCUGACGGUGGUACCAAACCAGGACUGGCUGGUACUCAGCCCAGAUACGUGGGAAUUCACAUUCGUGGACGUGAACUUAGAGACAAACCUUCCCUACUUUGUCCAGCUUGUAGCGGUUAAUCUUGCAGGAGAUAAUAUCCAGUCCCAGGUGGGUCCCAUCUUCGUCGACUCAUCAGAGCCGACAGCAGGACUGGUGGCUGAUGGCAUGGACUUCAAGAUGGAUAUGACAAUCAGUGGAGACCGUAGCCAAGUUUCCGGCACAAUCCUGCACUUGCCGACCCCAGUGGGCCCAGCCUGUCCCAUGAGAGACAUUCCCUUCAAUGAUCCACAGUGGUCAGCGAUGGACUUCAGGGGACUCUGGAACAUGAACAGGGACAAGUGGGACUUGGAGUACCAGUCACAGCAGGUGUUUGCAACCGACGAAAGUUUGACACUGAAGUUGGAGCGGGACACAAGGGGACCCCGUAUGCUGUCUGGAGCCUACGUCACCAAUGCACAGAUUGUCAGGAGCUCGAAAUAUGAGUUUGACUUGAUAGCUGCACAAUCUGACCUGCACAGCGUGACCAGCAUCCUAUUCUGGGAUGGUCCAGAUGGCACGAUUGGGGAGUUCGACUUUGGUGGACGGGAGAACUGGCAAGAAGGGAUCUGCCAGUGCUGUUAUCAACAACCCUUUAAUCAAUCUAUGUGCCCUCAAUGUGACUGUCAGAACUUCCUGGAAAUACCUGAUUCAGUCGGUGAAAACUCAACACAUGGGAGCACUACCUCUGUGCGACCUUUAACCACAUCCAGUGAGUUCAUCACGGCCACUGACAAUACUAGAAACGGUGCGUCAGUAAUGACAACGUCUUCUUGCCCUUGGACAAUCAGGAAGGUAGACGAAGACGGGGACAGUGUCCCCGAUGAUGAGAGUGGGAGAUCGAUAUCCCAAAGAGCUUGCGGCUUCCAACUCUAUCCAAAUGGCAGAGCCUCUCGAGCUGUUCUGUGGUGUCGCUACUUUGAGAAUGCUUGGCCAGUGACGUCACAGCCUGUAGAUCUAGAUUUUGAUCCAUCAGUAGAGGAGCGUCAUUAUUCCAUCCACUUCAAAGUCAUGCCAUUUGAUGUAGAGGAGGAUGAAUGGACCUUUGAAGUUUACGUUGACGGUAAGCUACUCUCUUCACUGACUGGCAUACCUGUCUUGUCCUCAUCCACUAAGCUCAUCCUCCACGUCUUCAAUCGAGACAGCUACAUCGCCGAGCUACAAGACCCGUUUAGCCCUCCGUUCGUCACAGCAACACUCAGGAAUUUGAGGAUGCCACCCGAUCCGGUCAAUUUGUGUCGUUACGGGGCACAAUUUAGAGCAGGAACCAGUCCUGUCUCACGCUACUUUGCCGGAAUUGGAUCAGUAGCAGGAGCAACAGAUGUUGUGGCAUUCAAGGAGGUUGCCCGGCCUUGCGUUCCAUGCAUCAAUCUCUGCGAUCGGUACCAGUGCGAUCCUUCGUGUACUCUUGACGCUGUUCCCAUCACGUUCACAAUCACCAACCUGACUCUGCCAAGACUCGAGCUCUUAAAUGUAAUGCUUGACAAUGACACUAAUGCAACAACACCAUCUUCUCUAGAAUAUGAGGGAUCGCUUCCAAUCUUCUUGACAGUAAAAUCUUUCCUUGGAAAUGGGAAAACAGCAAUAGCAUCCUCAAACGGGUUCUACGUUGACGACACACCGGCGCAGCUAGAUUUGUUCUUCUACGUCGACCUCAAUGUUAACCAAUACCAGCCGACAUCAUUCCAGUCCUCAAACUCUACCAUCAGUGUUUUAUGGCGCUUCAUUGACAUGGAAAGCUUAGUCAAGGAGAAUUACUGGGCAAUAGGAACCUCUAAAGGGGCAACAGAUCUGCAAGACUUUGUCAACGUUGGGUUGAAUCAGACAGCCACCAACAGCGAUCUGAUAGGGUCACUUCACCACAACACUACGUACUAUGUGACUCUAAAGGCUGUGAAUGGGGCAGGCUCGGCAACCAUAGCAGAAUGCGAUGGAGUAACGAUACUACUUGAGGAGCCCACGGCAGAUGACGUCAACACCACUUCCAUGUUUAGCAGGAAGUUCGAGGAAGACGUUUACCCUCCAGAGAUGGAGCGAAGUGAAGACGCAGCAAAGACUGGUGCAACCUGGUCAAAACCACAUGAUGAAUCAAUUGUCCUUUAUGAGUACUGUGUGAGUAGUUCAGCUGAGCUUCUAGAUGACGUUGUUCCUUGCAUGGUGGUUGGAGGCAACUCCUCUGGCUCAGUGGCCAUAGAAAAUGGAAUGAUCAUUGUCCGAGCCGAUGAACGGGAAGAAAGGUUCAAUAUCACGGACUUCCAAGCGCCAAAUAACGCCACUCAAGUGGACGUGACUAAAAAGGCUGCCAAGUUCAAUAUGGAACCUGGGAAGUGUCUGUACACCUGGAUGAAAAUGUGUAACGCAGCUAUGUUGUGUGAUACCGUCUCAGCUGGAACUACCAUUGUUAUAGGAGAUAGUGAUAUGAUGAUGAAAUCCACCAAUGGUACAGACCUUGUUAUGACAUCACCGACAAGUCAAAGGAGGAGAAAGAGGUCGAUAGAUAACCACUUUGAUUUCACUGUGGCUACAAAGGGAGGUUUACACCAGGGCGGUUCACUCAUCCUAGGCCUGCUGGAUGUCAAUAGAACCAACCAGGAAUUCACAUCGGCUGCUGCCCUGGAUUAUAAACCCUACAUCACCAAUCCCCUGUACACCAUCCAGUACACAUCAAGACUGCUUAGGCACAGAAUACGUUUUGUGUAUGAGCCAACCUUCUAUAUCACGAGUCUUGGGCAGACUGAGCUUCGUGGACCACUUAUGAUCAACGUAACACUCAGCACACCUAGGAAUUGGACAGAGGCAAAACGUAGACUCAUCUAUUGGGACAAAGAUAACUCUGAAUGGCGAGAUGCAGCCAAGACAUGCAGUGAUGUGGAUCGGAUAACUUACCUUGAUGAUGGGAACAAGGUCAAUGUGGAGGUUUGUUCUACACGGGCUCCUGCCUCUUCAUCCUCAGAGCCAGGCCGAAAACGACGUUCUGUGCAAAAGGAGUCUUUCCCAUCUGACACGUCUUACUUCAGCCAUGAGACUCAGUUUGCAUUGGCUGAGGUUCUUGAUGCCAUCCCGAAUACCCCGCCAGUAAUCAUAAACCUGGUAGAGAAAAUGUUCAUGAAAGAGGAUGAAGGAACUUUGGUGUACACAUUCCAAGCUAGCGAUGCCGAAGAUGACAUCUUAGUCUUUGAGAUUGGUAGCAACACUGACGUGCAAGGGAUAGCAACCAUCACAGAAAGUGGUGAAUUCAGAUAUACACCUUGUGCUGAUUGCCAUGGUACUGUCACUCUGCUAAUCACUGUGAAAGAGAUAAAGACCUUGACUGAGAGCGAACCUCUUUCUACUGACGUCAACUUUACAAUUGAAGUACGACCGAUCAACGAUGUCCCUGUGCUGUACAGUGCUCUGAAUGGCCGAGAUGUCGGAAACGGGCGCAUUGCUUUGUUAACAGUAGAGCAGAACACAGGAUCCAAUGUGGCCUACAAAGACCUGAGGGCUGAGCUUGGAGCGUAUGACGUUGACAGCGAUGAUAAACUGACUAUUAUAACGCAGCCCCCAACCUAUGGCACUCUGACGCUGACACAGGAAGUAAAGACUGUGCCGUCUACGCAGAAUUGCAGUGAGCCCUCUGGAGACGGGGAGGGGCCAGUCAUCCCAUGUGGGCUAAAGUUGCCUCAUGAAAAGGAGGACAUGCGCUGGAUAACAACAACAUUCACCUACACCCCGAACACCAACUAUCACGGCAAGGAUAGUUUCCUUGUGUUAGCCGACGACCGGUCAGGAGCCAAGUCCCAGCUACUCGAAGUACAGAUUGCUGUGCUGGUCAAUCCUUGCAUUAAUGAUGGCGUCUGCAGAGGACCUGUUGAGGAUCCAGAUUGUACCUCCCCUGCACGUAGCAGUGGGUUCGAAUCCUACUCCUGCCACUGUGAGCCCGGCUGGAUUGGCGACGUCUGUGACAUGGAUUACAAUGAGUGCCAAUCCACACCGUGCGAAUAUCCAUACGUCUGCUACGAUCAUCUGAAUGGAUUUGAAUGUUCCUGUCCAUUUUCUGAUCCCUUGUGUGAUACCCUGAACUGGAGGUUUAAAGUGAUAAUCGGCGUGGUCAGCUGUUUGGUUGGUUUGUCCGUCAUUUCUGCUGUGGUCUUCUACAUGUACAAGAAAAAACACAGCAAGAAAUACAUAAUUGGUUUUCAAUCGGACAUUAAUGUCGAUGGGCAGCAGUUGGUUGACGUUCCCCACUGUACUCAGCAAGCCUUUGACAAUCCUGAAUUUGACGACGACAUUGGAGAUCAGAAAGAUGCCGUUGAGGAGGAUGAGAACCAGGCAAGCCACAGCCAGAGGGUUGACGCCCCAUCAGGAAGGCCACCUGCUUCUCUCUCAACUUCCUCAAGCAAAACACCUGUUGCAGGUGUUGUUGCAGGUGCUGAAGCCUCCUCAUUGGGUGAUGGAUCUACUCGUGAUGAAUCUUCUCCUGCUGGUCCUUUAGUGAGCCCUGCUACUGUUGAGAAGUUGGUACUUCCAACUUCGCGCGCGGGGAGCUCCGCAUGCCUCAAUAAGGAGGUUGAAUUACCAGCGGAGAUGCUGACGUUCCAAAAUGGAGGAAAUACCCCUCAACCAGACGGAGGAUCUCCAGCGGAUGUUUGUGACACCGAGAUGUAG